AUGGACUUAAUUUCACCUGCACUCCUCCGACAAGCUUCCUACGGGACAAUCAAGAUCGGUACAUACAACACAUUGAAGAAACUGAUUGUUAGUCGUCCAGAAGAUGAGACUAUGGUGAUUAAUGUGUUUUGUGGUGUGGUGUCUGGAGUUUUGUCAUCCUCUUUGGCAAAUCCAACUGAUGUGCUAAAGAUUCGCAUGCAGGCUCAAGGCAGCCUGUUACAGGGAAGCAUGAUGUCUAAUUUCAUUAACAUUUACCAGACUGAAGGCACGCGAGGCCUGUGGAGGGGUGUAAUUCCUACCGCACAGAGGGCGGCCAUCGUGGUGGGUGUAGAGCUGCCAGUCUAUGACAUCACCAAGAAGCAUUUGAUUCUUUCAGGCCUCAUGGGAGACACAGUGUUCACUCAUUUCAUUUCCAGUUUCACGUGUGGUCUGGCAGGUGCUUUAGCCUCCAACCCAGUGGAUGUGGUGAGGACACGUAUGAUGAAUCAACGUGUGCUCGCAGGUAACCUUCUGUACAAGGGUACCCUGGACGGACUCAUGCAGACCUGGAAAAACGAAGGAUUUUUUGCUCUCUAUAAAGGCUUCUGGCCCAACUGGCUGCGUCUAGGGCCCUGGAACAUAAUUUUCUUCAUCACCUUUGAGCAGCUGAAGAAGCUUUCAUUGUAGAGUUUGUGACUUCCCUGAGCUGUGUGUAUGUGUCUGGGGUUUCUGUCCUUCAGCAUUUACCAUCCCUUCUCCGUCACACACCUAUAAGUAUUUUUAUUUAAGAACGAACAUGUAUUUUGUUCUCAUUUGCAUUGUACAUACUUGACCUAUUUAAACACACUUGUUUUUGCACCUAAAUGCUUUGUGUUUCACUCCUGGCAGCUAUGUUGUCCGUCACCGCCAUGUUCUCAGGCCCAGUGGAGUUUUCAUCAUAUACAGUGGGUACGGAAAGUAUUCAGACCCCCUUACAUUUUUCACUCUUUGUUA